AUGCAACGCCCGACGACACGGCCGACUCGGAACCAACGACGGCCGUUCCCAUCGAUUUCACUUGUGGCCAUCUACUCGACCCGCUCCGACCUGCCCCCGCUUCCGCCGAGCGAGCAUGGCCCCCACCGGGACGAUGAGGCCCGGCGAGAGGCAGCCAAGGUGCUCUUCUUCUCCUCGGCCCAGACCGACCUACCUCCAGAGAGGAAGGCAAGGUUGAUGGGCACCGUGUUUGGAAUGGCUGACUUUGUCAGGUACGUCCGUUCCUUGCCCUCGUGUUCUUGUGGUCACCAUCGGCCGACUGCUGAGCGCUUCGAAGCAUAUUUGUUCGUGCCAGAAUGUUCGACACGGGGUCCGCAUCCACGCUACAAUCGGUGCAUUCGCAGCGUCAGCGUAUGGUCUGGCUUCAGGUUGAGCCACAGCUCUUUUUCCAUGCGGUAGGUCCGGACUCGAGCAAGGAGUGCCGUCAUUAAGCAGCUCGAGAACCAAGUUCUUGACCGCGGGCCUGGCCCACCCAUCACGCUCGCACAGACGAUCGAAUUACCUCGAGCACCGCGCCAAAGUAAUGCUAGACCUCGCUCAUCAGCAUUCGACGCUUCGACCCCUUCGGCGGUCGAUCAACCGCCGCCGCUUAACGAUGAUUCGGUACGCGUCGCGCUGGCAUCAGCGUACCGAAACUAUCGCCUCCAACACGGUUCGGUCACCAGAAGACUGUUCAUGGAAGGAAGACACAACACCAUGAAAGAGCUCGAAUCUUUUUGGGCCCCCUGGCUCGCGUCCUGGAACAUUGCGACGGUUGAUUCCGGCGCGUUCAAGCAGGUCGUGCAGGGUUCGUUUGCGACACAGACCGUUGCCGGUCUCGAGUGUGUCCGACGCUGCCCCUGACCUCUUUAUAUCGCCUUUGCACAGCCCUACCGCAGUCAACUUAUGCUACAGUCUCAAAUUCAGCGCAGAUUGCACCUCUGUUCUCGCAGUUCUCGGCGUCGUGUCCUUCGAUCGUGCCGAUCCUUCUCCAUCAAGCCUCGGUCUUGUAUCUGCCUCCGGCAAAAGUCGACACGGAACAGCGGUCGAACACUUCGAGCCCCAGCAAUCGGAUGGCCUUGUCAAGCUCCUCGGACGCGCCUCCCAUGACCAAUUCGGACUUGCUCGCUCUCGUCGACUUUUUGUGUCAGCGACGCGCCGAUCUGAGACGGGCCACUCCACCCGAGCCGAGCCGAGCCGAGCCUCCCCCCGCUCCAAAAACGCAUCCAAGCUCUACACCGCUGUCACCUACGGAGUCCAACGCAGGCACGAAAUCCGGCGAAGCGAGUGAGAUGACGAACAAGUGGGCUUCUUACUACUCCCUCGGGACUCUCUCCGCGCCGUCGAUGCCGACCAUCCCACGACCGACACUUCCCUCGAUUCCAAUGCCUUCGAUGCCCACGCUAUCGAUGCCUUCGAUGCCGAAUUUUCCGGGGAUGUCUAACAUAAGUUCUCCCCACUCGGGGCCGUUGGCGUCGUCCGAAGUUGCGCCAUCUUCGUCGCCGAACUGGAGUGGCCUGCGGAACGUCGGUUGGGGAACGAUCGGCCUUGGACCAAAGCGCUCGAGAGAGAAGGGGAAAGUAACCAAGAGCGAAACGGUGUCGUCUUCAGAGACUUUUACUCCUCCUGUUGCGGACGCGAUUUCGUCCGCAGACGCUGUCCCGGUCGAGGACACUUCAUAUCCUCCUCCCGCGCAGAAUAUGCCAACUCCAGAACUAGCUUCUCUCGAAGCAGCCGCUUUGCCAGCAUGCACGCCAGAGCUGUUGACUCCGGCAGUAGCGACCCGCCCGGACGUCGACUCGACCGCUUUAACUGAGGCAAUGGACAUUUCGCACCCUAGCACUGCGAUUGGAAUCGAGGACGGCUCAAUAAUGGAGGGCCAGAUUCGGACGAGGCCGACGGACGAGCCAGACAAGCCCGGGGAUAGUCCCGUUUCUGAGGGGGAGCAGAAUGGCCGGAUUGACCUUGUCCGAUCGGGAGAGCCCGAUCGGGACGUCCAACGUGUUAACGUGGACGAGAUCGUACGCCCUCAACCACCUCCUUUACUUCACCUGUUCUGCGGCCCGGACGAUUUGGCAGAAGAUGCUGCACUCGAAGUCAGGCUUUUUGAGGUUCGUGCCCUGGUCAAACAACACUGUCUGAUCUUGAACUGACUUUCUUGAACUCUCUCUUCCUGUCGUAUGGUAGUGCGGCGAUCUGAUGCUUGCACUAGCCAGUCGGCCCCUGACGGAUAACGGGGAAACGCAACCACUCGGCACUCGUGCGUUCCGACUAUUGGAAGCCAUACAGACCAUAGUGGGCUCCGACCCACCCAAAAUUUUGUAAUUCGUAUAAUCUUCUUUCUCAUUGCCUGCAUGGUUUGAUCUUUUCAGCUAAUCCUGCUUGGCCUGGUGCCAGACCUUUUUCAUAUCGAUAUUUCGUCCAGGCUGGAUUGCUCUCCGUGUCGAAGCAGUGGCCAUCAUCAGAAGACAGUUGGUCAGGCAAGGCAAUCAUAGGAGAUCACGACGUCGAAGGAGGACUGCUCGACUGCGUGAAGGGCGUUGUCCAGUGAGUCCAGUCCGGCUUGAGGGUACUCGUCCGGAUCGCAUGCGCUUAACUUGUGCGCCUUGACCUUUUUUCCGCUUCCAGUGAGCCCAUGGUGGUCGAAUCGUGUGCACGAUUGGCAUCGUCGCAGUGGAUCGUCAGUCGCCGAAUCGAAGACAUGACUUCAAUGACCACCAUGCACGUAUAUGCCGUCUUGCCUGCGAAUGUUCGCACCGGGUCCGACGGAUCUUUGGUGGCCGCGAGCGAGGAGUUGAGGAGGUUAGAGCGCUCGUUUCCGAAAGGCUUGAUCGAGUGA